ACACAAAUCUAAGCACAGUGGCGAAAAAAUGAGUUUUCUAAUCGAAUUACAGAAACAAAAGAAUAAACUCAAAGUUAGAGAAACUGUGGUCACAAACGCUGCUGGACAGCGGUUCAUAGAACGAAACGGGGAAAAGACUGAGAUCUCCUCGACUUAUGGCUUUGUGGUGGAUAACAAACCUGACAAUAUACCCGUGUUAGUGACAGAUCAUUUGUAUAUAGGAUCUCAGGACUGCACUGUUGAUGAUAUAUUAACAAAAUAUGACAUUAAAAAUGUGCUUAGUAUAGGAAUAAAUGCUGAGGUGAACGUCGGACAUAAAUUUGUACAGUGUUUAGAUUUACCAGAGACUGAUGUUAAACAAAUGUUAACAGAGUGUUUACCAUUUGUCCACGAGUCAGUGUGUCGUGGUGAGAAUGUUUUGGUACACUGCAACGCCGGCGUUUCUCGCACUUCAACUGUUGCGAUUGCGUACCUUAUGCAAUACAAAGGGAUGGAGUUUGAAGACGCAUAUCGCUUGGUCAAGGAGAAGCGACCUGCCAUACGACCUAAUGACGGGUUCAAGAAGCAAUUAAAGGCUAUGAAACCUCGACAAAUCAUAUAA